AUGCGCGGGUUCAAGCAGCGGCUGAAGAAGACGACGGGGAGUCUCUCCGGCAGCAGCAGCAGCAGUGGCAGCACCACUGCCACGGCAAGCACCACUGCGACUGCCCCGGGGAAGGACAAGGACAAGGAGAGGAGGCAGACGGGCGAGAGGCACAGGACGGGGAGGUCCAGUGCCAGUGCUUCUACCAGCAGCAGUGGGAGCAGUAGACGCAGUGGAAGAAGUGCGCAGUCGGCGUCCGCCUCGCAGUCGCCAGCGCGGGCCGUCGCGGUCAGCAAGCCCAACCCGACGGCAGACAUCGACGACGUCGAGGCGAGGGCGCCCGCGGUGACCGUGACGGGUGUGCCCUCGACGUCGUCGUCGUCGAGGGACAAUGAGCAUGGUGAAGGUAGCCGUGGCCACGAGAGUGCGCCACCCGUGGCCGCCGCUCACGCGCCGGCUCACGGGCCCAGCCUUGUUGGUGCCACCUCUGCGGUGCUGCCACAACCACAACCCAUGUCACCCUCGAGUAUCGACAUCCCACGCGGGUCGCACUCCUUCGAGAGGCUGCCCACUCCGACGAAGCUCGCAGAUGCAGACAUCGACGGGAUCGGGAAGACCCCGCAACGGCACUCGUCCUCCAGGUUCGAACGGUCGCGGUACACGCACAUCACGAAGCUGCCCCUGUUCGACGACGUAUCACCGGAGGAGAAGAUCCCCCUGUUCAUUGCCAAAGUGGACCAAUGUAACGUCAUGUUCGACUUCAACGACCCUAGUUUCGAUAUACAGGGGAAAGAGAUCAAACGUAACACCCUGCAAGAGUUGAUCGAGUUUAUCGUGACAAACAGGUUCGCUUACUCUCCAGAGAUGUACCUCCACAUGGUCGCGAUGUUCAAGAUUAACCUGUUUAGACCGAUCCCGCCACCGGUGAACCCGAUAGGGGACAUCUACGACCCGGACGAGGAUGAGCCAGUGAACGAAUUGGCUUGGCCGCACAUGCAACUUGUCUACGAGGUGUUCCUUAGGUUUGUAGAGUCCCCCGAUUUCAACCACCAAGUGGCCAAACAGUACAUUGACCAACAGUUUAUUCUCAGAUUGCUAGAGUUGUUCGAUAGUGAGGAUAUCAGGGAACGCGACUGUCUAAAGACUACACUCCACAGGAUCUACGGGAAGUUCCUCAGCCUUAGAAGUUUCAUCCGUAGAUCGAUCAACAACAUCUUCCUACAGUUCAUCUACGAGUCUGAGCGGUUCAACGGAAUCGCAGAACUGUUGGAGAUCUUGGGAUCCAUCAUCAACGGGUUCGCGCUACCUUUGAAGGAGGAACACAAAAUUUUCCUGGUCAGGGUGCUCAUCCCAUUGCACAAAGUACGUUGCCUGUCGUUGUACCAUCCACAGUUGGCAUACUGUAUCGUUCAGUUCCUAGAGAAGGAACCUUUGCUCACAGAGGAAGUUGUUAUGGGGCUACUCCGCUACUGGCCCAAAAUCAACUCAACAAAGGAGAUCAUGUUCCUCAACGAGAUAGAAGAUAUCUUCGAGGUCAUUGAACCACUAGAAUUCAUUAAAGUUGAGGUACCACUAUUCGUCCAAUUAGCAAAAUGUAUCUCCUCUGCACACUUCCAAGUCGCAGAGAAAGUGUUGAGCUACUGGAACAACGAAUACUUCCUCAACCUGUGCAUCGAAAACGCAGAGGUCAUUCUACCGAUCAUCUUCCCAGCACUUUACGACCUCACAGCACAACUCGAACUGGACAACAACAACAACAAUACACACAACUCUUCCUCGGGGACACUCCUCAACACGCACGGCGACCCAGGCGGGCUCUCGGACCCGUACAUGCUCGUCGAACAGGCCAUCAACUCAGGGUCCUGGAACAAAGCAAUCCACGCAAUGGCAUUCAAAGCACUAAAGAUCUUCCUCGAGACAAACCCGGUCCUCUACGAGAACUGCAACGCACUGUACCUCUCCAGCGUCAAGGAGACGGAACACAGACGCCGCCAGAGGGACAAGAAAUGGAGGGCUCUGGAACGGUACGUCCAGGAACUCAGGGACGACCCAACGAGGACAGACGCUAAUGAUAACGAACUCGCAACAACAACUUUACAAGAAAGUGGACCCCCGGAAUGA